AUGGCUCCUCAAAUCUCACCGUACGGCCGAUGGGAGAGCCCAUUGAGCGCACAGCAACUGUCAACAAGCAGUAUCUCGCUUCAUGAAGUAGUCGUUGAUGAACGGAAUGGUGCCAUUUAUGCGAUAGAAUGCCGACCUGCCGAGGAUGGCCGCUUUACUAUCGUGCAGCAUCUCAAUGGACAGAGCCGGGAUUUCCUCCCCAAGAACCUCAGUGCACACGCAACGGUGCAAGAGCUUGGUGGCGGUACAACGGCCAUCAGGCCUGAUGGGAAAAUCAUUUUCGCAGAAGACAAGACAGGUGGUGUUUACCUCCUUGACCCGGAAAAUUCCAACGCAACCUGCGUUCAGCCCGGCGUUGAAGGGAUUCGAUACGGUGAUUUUUGUAUCCACCCAACAGCAAAUGACUUGGUGAUUGCAAUCAAGGAAGAUCACCGAGAUGCCACCCCGGAGACGCAGGCGACUCACGUGCACAACACCUUGGUGGUGAUUGACAUUGAGUCUGGGAAGGAGAUAACAGUCGCGAGUGGAGAUGACUUCUUCUCGCAUCCCAAAUUCGAUGCCUCGGGUAAAUAUGUCUCCUGGAUCCAAUGGUCUCACCCUGAUAUGCCGUGGACUGGCACUGUCCUCUACUUCGCGAAGUGGGAUGGCAGUGCUUUGACCAAUGUUACUCGGAUAGCAGGCGAAGCCCAGAAGGAGAGUAUUGCUCAGCCCAAAUGGGGCUUUGAUGGAAUGCUCUACUUCACCAGUGACCGCACCGGAUACUGGCAACUAUACUCAUUUAAUGUCCAUGACCGCUCUGUGCGGUCUUUCUCAUUCCCCGGCUUGGAAAAGUCAGAUUUCGCUAUCGCUGAAUGGAAACUUGGAAGCUCAACAUACGUACCGCUUGACGAGAAGACUAUUGUUGCGGCGGUCAUCACAAACGCAACUAGCAAAAUCGUGAUUAUUGAUACCUCCGACUCAUCGGUGCGAGAUCUCGAACUUCCCUACGUUGAUUUUGCCCAGGCCGCCAGCGGAUUAUAUCGCGUUUCGUCCAGCAGUUUCGCAGCUGUCAGUGCUACAAGGACUUCGCCGCAAGAGCUUGGAUUGGUCUCAGUCACCCCCCAAGGAGUAGAGAGGACAGUGCUUGCAUCCACUGCGUCUUUCGUUUUACCCGCAGACUACGUUUCGACCGCGACACAUCUGACCGCUCCGCAAAAGUACGGUCCUCUCUGGGAUGGCAACGUUCACAUGUUCUAUUUCCCUCCUUGCAACCCUGGAUUCGAGCCUGAAAAGGAUACACUCCCUCCUCUCCUAGUCCACGUCCACGGAGGACCCAAUGGAACUGUCACUCCGGCACUGAAUCUCGAAAUCCAAUAUUACACGACGCGAGGCUUUGCUGUCUGUGCAGUGAACUACACUGGGUCAACCGGCUUCGGAAGAGAAUAUCGAGAGCGGCUUUCGGGAUAUUGGGGUAUCGUCGAUACCGCGGACGCCGUCAGUGCAGUGGACUCUCUUGUGGAAAAGGGUCUCGUCGACAAAGCCCGCGUCGGAAUAUACGGCGGAAGCGCUGGCGGUUAUCUCACUCUCCAAGCCCUGCACAUGUAUCCGGAUGUCUGGGCUGCCGGCGUCAGCUCCUACGGCAUCAGCGAUGUGAGAGCCUUGCAGGCCGACUCAUAUAAAUUUGAGAGUCAGGAUGUGGACCGCCUUCUGUUAAGUCGAACGGCCACAGAGCACCGGGAGAGCGAACUUACGGAGCGAAGCCCUCGCAAUCAUGCUCAGAAGAUGAAAGCGCCUCUGCUCCUGCUGCAGGGGACUAUUGAUAUGGUGGUGCCUGUAGCGCAGGCGAGGAUGAUGGCUGAAGCCAUGCAGUCUGAAGGACGGAUUGCUGAGGUUGUGGAGUUUGAGGGCGAGGGCCACGGAUGGAUUGGCAAAAAGGCUGUGUAUGAAGCCCUUCAGCGGAAGGGCGAUUGGUGGGUACGGUAUUUGACCUAG